AUGUCGCCGUCCGCAGGAGCAUUAGGGCGAGGGUCUGGCAGUGCGGAGGAUGGCGAGGCGGACACGCCCAAAUUCGCUCUCAAGUCACCAGGCUCAUAUUCCCCUCGAGGCCGCCCGCCCUCUCUGCCUUUUGAUGUCGACUUCCCGGUUCUGCUCGGAUCCCGCCCACUGCAAGCCUCACCCAAACGCGCCUCUCCAGCGCCCUCCUCCUCCCCCACCUCCUCCUCCAUCUCAUCCGCCUUCACCUUCCCCCCUGCGUCCGCCGCGCCAGCCACUCUCACCGCUUCCCUCUCAUCCUUCCCCUCCGUCUCCGCCUCAUCCGCGUUGUCAGCGCCCUCGGAUUCCGCAGCUGCGCCCGCCGCGCCCGCCAUGGCGCUCCACCAGCCGCUCUGCUUCCCGGGUGCGCAGUCCGUGCAUCCGCCCGAGGACGUGCCGUCCCUCGCGGCCGCGUUCGCCGCAGCCAAGUCCGCACAGGCUGCGGCCUGCAAGUCCCCCGUCGCCUCGCCUCUCUCUUCCCCCAGCCCGUCCCCCUGCCCCACGCCAUCCCGCCGCCGCCUCCCGCCGUUCCCGGAGCCGCCAAUGGCAGCGUGUCUGUUCGACGCCAUGGACAAGCUUCUCUCUGUCUCCACGGGGGUGGCGGAGCUUGCUGCACCUCCGCCGCCGUCCCUCGCCUCUCUAGCCGCAGUCUCGGAUUCUCCCGCUUCCGGCGCUCUGGGCCCUCUGUGGGCGUCAGCCGCGGGAGGAGGUGGGGGGAAGGGGCUGGCGGGUGGGGGCAUGGGGGGACUGGAAGGGCUCAUGGGCGGUCUCCACCUGCUUGCAGCAACCUCUGGUGGUGCCGCUGCCUCUGCUACUGGCGCUGGGGGAGGCACUGGCGCUGGCAGUGGGGGAGGCGGUGGCGGAAGCAGAGGGGCGGGCAGUGGUGGGGGCCAGGCGCGCACUCUGCUAGGCCUGGUGGACCCUAGAGAAGCGGCCACUGCAGUGGCGCCGUCUAAGAGCCGCAGGCAAAUGGAGGCUCUCAGGAAGGCGCGGCAGGCGGGGCGCGGGGGACAGCUGGGGCUGGUGACUGGCGCUGCUGAGAGCAGCGGGGGAGGCCACUUGGGACUCGUUGCAGGCUCGUCAGGCGGUGGCGCAGGGGGAAAGGGCGGGGGAGGCGGAGGGGGGCAUUUGGGUCUUGUGACGAGCUCUGCUAAGGGGGGCGCAGCCGGUCAGCUAGGGCUCGUUUCUCGUUCUCUCGAUAGCAGGGGUGGUACCAGCAAGGGCGUUGCAGGUGCGGGAAGAGGAGGGCCUAGGCAAGGGAAGGCAGGGGCGAGUGGGCACGGUUUGGGGCUGGAAGUGAGCGGGCAGCAGGGAAGGGAUGGCAGCAGGGGGGGCGAAGCAGAGAACGUGCUAGAUGAGAAAGCACGGGCUGAGAGGGAGAGGGAAGAGAGGGAGCGGCGGGUGGUGGAGGAGCAUGGGAGGGCGGUGGCGGCGGUGGAGAGCAUGUCUCAGGCGGACCGAGUGACGUUCGAUGGGCCGCUCGUGGACGGCCUCUCCGCGCCCCUGCAGCUCCCCAGCUUCCACGGCAAAGCCCUGCCCUGGCGCCGCAACAAGGCGCCCCCACCCUUUGCUGCCGGCGCCCAUGUUGUGCACGCCAUUCUGCAGGCGGAGCGGGAGGGAGCGGAUGCCGCAGAGCCUGCUCAAACCAGUGAAGCUACAGCAGCAGCAGAAGUAACAGCGGAAGCAGGGACUGGAGCAGGAGCAGCAGCAGUGGCUAGAGGGCAGGGCGGAAGGGCCAGCAUGAAUGAGCCACCAGUUGCAGCAGCGAAGGAGCAAGACUUGAGUGCUGGUGGAGAGGCACAGCUUCCCUCCAUGAGUCUUGCUGCUGCCUUUGGAGGCCUGGCCUUGGCAUCUCAAGGGGAGGACGCGGGCGAAGGGAGUUUUGGCAUCAGCGCUGGCUGGGCGGGAAGUAGUGGCAGCGGUGAUGAGAAUGGUGGUAGCUUGGGAGGUGGUGAUGGUGGGUUCAUGGGUGCGUUCGACUCUCUAUUUAAUGCGUCGGCUGGUGCUGGCGGCGCAAUGGGCUUGCACAUGCAACCGCUGCAAGCCCAUCAAGCAGAAGGUGUGGGGGAUGGGCUGGGAGAGGCAGGCGAGGCAGCGACCAGGAACUUGAUGUCUGGGCGUGCAGUGAAAGACGAGACCAGGGAGAGAGAGAGGGAGCGAGAGCGGGAGUGGGAGAGUGAGCGGGAGGAGAGGGAGAGGGAGGAGAGGGAGCGGCGGGUGGUGGAGGAGCAUGGGAGGGCGGUGGCGGCGGUGGAGAGCAUGUCUCAGGCGGACCGAGUGACGUUCGAUGGGCCGCUCGUGGACGGCCUCUCCGCGCCCCUGCAGCUCCCCAGCUUCCACGGCAAAGCCCUGCCCUGGCGCCGCAACAAGGCGCCCCCACCCUUUGCUGCCGGCGCCCAUGUUGUGCACGCCAUCCUGCAGGCGGAGCAGGAGGGAGCGGAUGCCGCAGAGCCUACUCAAACCAGUGAAGCUACAGCACCAGCAGAAGUAACAGCGGAAGCAGGGACUGGAGCAGGAGCAGCAGCAGUGGCUAGAGGGCAGGGCGGAAGGGCCAGCAUGAAUGAGCCACCAGUUGCAGCAGCGAAGGAGCAAGACUUGAGUGCUGGUGGAGAGGCACAGCUUCCCUCCAUGAGUCUUGCUGCUGCCUUUGGAGGCCUGGCCUUGGCAUCUCAAGGGGAGGACGCGGGCGAAGGGAGUUUUGGCAUCAGCGCUGGCUGGGCGGGAAGUAGUGGCAGCGGCGAUGAGAAUGGUGGUAGCUUGGGAGGUGGUGAUGGUGGGUUCAUGGGUGCGUUCGACUCUCUAUUUAAUGCGUCGGCUGGUGCUGGCGGCGCAAUGGGCUUGCACAUGCAACCGCUGCAAGCCCAUCAAGCAGAAGGUGUGGGGGAUGGGCUGGGAGAGGCAGGCGAGGCAGCGACCAGGAACUUGAGGUCUGAGCGUGCAGUGAAAGACGAGAGCAGGGAGAGAGAGAGGGAGCGAGAGCAGGAGUGGGAGAGUGAGCGGGAGGAGAGGGAGAGGGAGGAGAGGGAGCGGCGGGUGGUGGAGGAGCAUGGGAGGGCAGUGGCGGCGGUGGAGAGCAUGUCUCAGGCGGACCGAGUGACGUUCGAUGGGCCGCUCGUGGACGGCCUCUCCGCGCCCCUGCAGCUCCCCAGCUUCCACGGCAAAGCCCUGCCCUGGCGCCGCAACAAGGCGCCCCCGCCCUUUGCUGCCGGCGCCCACGUCGUGAACGCCAUUCUGCAGGCGGAGCGCGAGGGGCACAUGGCGGGUGAUGGUAAUGCUGCAGUGGGAGGCGUAGCGGGUGCGGGCUUGGUUGGUGGGGGACUAACUGGUGAAAUGGGUGUCGGCGGUGGUGGCAGAGGAGGGGAGAUUGAUGCUAGAAAGGAAGGGCGCUGUGUGGGGCUGGAAGGCGAGAGAAGGGCAGACACUGUGGCAGAUGCAGCUGCUGGUGCUGCGGGGAUGGGAAUGGGCGGCGGGGGACUUUCUGGUGAGCUGUCGCUAGCUGCAGCGUGGAGUGCAGGAGCGGUGGGGGCAGGGGACAUGGAGCAGCAGGAGACGGUACAGCUGGAGGUGGGCGAAUCUGGUGGUGGGUUUGGCCUCAUGAGUGCCUUUGAUUCGCUCUUCUCUGCUUCCGCUGGUGCUGCUGGCCUGCCACUUUCGCAGCAAUUUGAUGGCGGAAUCGCAUUCGGUUCUGUGCCUUCCUUGCAGCUGCAACCCCAGUUCCAGCAGUCGCUGCAGCAGCAGCUACCUUCCAAGCAGGUGGCUCAGGCGCAGGGAGGGGGCAGGAGAGAGGAGGAGGAGGAAGACGAAGACAGUGAGAGUGAGCGGGAGGAGAGGGAGAGGGAGGAGAGGGAACGGCGGGUGGUGGAGGAGCAUGGGAGGGCAGUGGCGGCGGUGGAGAGCAUGUCUCAGGCGGACCGAGUGACGUUCGAUGGGCCGCUCGUGGACGGCCUCUCCGCGCCCCUGCAGCUCCCCAGCUUCCACGGCAAAGCCCUGCCCUGGCGCCGCAACAAGGCGCCCCCGCCCUUUGCUGCAGGCGCCCACGUCGUGAACGCCAUUCUGCAGGCGGAGCGCGACGGGGCUGACUCCGCAGGGCACAAGGCAGGGGAAGGUGGCAGCAGCGAGCGGAACAAGAGCUCAACCGAAGCUUCUUCAUCAGCGCGCAAUGCCCAGCCCCCUGCAGGCACCAACGCAGCUGAGACAUCCCAUGCAGACACAGUAGCUUCGGCAUCACCUCCUCAGAGCCUAGCAGCCGCGUUUGGAGGGCUGGCAGGGCUGUCCUCCGGAGAAGGGAGAGACGAGGAUGGCAUGAGUGGCGGUUUUGGGGGGUCUGGUGGAGGAGGCCUUGGGCUGAUGGGGUCGUUUGACUCGCUGCUGUCUGCCUCCUCUGGCAGCCCUGCUGCAGGGGUCAAGCAGCACGGUGCAGCAGCACUGGGCCAGUUGCAGCCUCUCUCGCUCUCUCCUCUUUCUUUGCAAGCGUCGCCCGCUGUACCGCGCACCACACCCACGCAUCAGUCCACUACUCCGUCUCUCCCCCGCGCGCCCAUCCUAUCGCCCUUCUCCGACAAGCCAGCAGCAGCGGAUUCCCUAGAGGCGCUUUUCCAGGUGUCCAAGCUGCACGGGGAAAUCCCCCCCUCCAUAGACAACCAUCUCCUGCCCGCGUUCCCCUCGCCACGCAUCCACACGCCGUCACACCUCUCCACAAAAGCCCCCGCACCUGCUGCAGGGGACCGUAGCAGCAGCUCAGACGGAAGUGCAAGGCUGGGAGCAGCUGGCGCCUCUCCUCCAGUCAUCCUUGCACCCUUCUCCAAUGUGCCAGCAGCAGGCGAUUCCCUAGAAGCGCUUUUCCAGGUGUCCAAGCUGCACGGGGGAAUCUCCCCCUCCGUUGAUAUCCGCAAGCUUGCAUCCUUCCCCUCGCCCCCCCUGCACUCGCUUCCGCACUCAACUGCCACUCCGAACAGGGUGCCGCCAGGGGGUGAAGCAGGCAGCCUGGGCCUGCAGGCGACAGCUCGCAUGGCGUUUCCGCGCUCCACGUCUGCUCCCCCAGCGCAUGCCGCCAUUGACGCUGCAGCUGAUGCUGUGCUGCUGCAGCUGGACCUCCCGCUGCGUAGAACAGGCUCUGCUGAGCUGCAACCGCUCUCCCCCACCUCUGCUCAGCUGGAUGUCAAGGCUCCUUCCGCUCUCGCCUUGUCUGAUUCCAGUUCUAGUGCGUUUGCUGCUCCCCUGGGUAAUUCUGCUGUUUCCCUCCCUUGCUCUUCUGCUGCCCCUGUCUCGCCAUCCGUCCCCUCCUCCUCUUUCUCCUCCGCUGCCCCUGCUUUCUCGUCCUCGUCGCCGUUGGCAGCAGCGGCAGCACCAACACCCGCAGCAGCAGAAGCAGGAGAGACAUUAGCGGGAGAAGAGUCAGAGCCGCUUUCAUCCCUAGCAGUGAAUUUCGCGUCUCUGCUUCUUGCUGGGUCCGGGCCGGGCAUUCCGCUUGACCAGAGCCCAUCCCCCCAUGGGCGCUUUGCCAUGCAAGCCAACAUCCCCCUCUCCCCGCACCUCGUCUCACCCUCCUCCCGCCUGCCCACAUCCGCUAUCGCAUUCCCCAGUCCAAAGCUAGCUAUGAGUCCCAAGGUGGCGCUGGCAUCUCUGGUGGGCCACCUAGGCCCUGUCAGCCCUCUCUGCGUGGCCUCCCCUGCCUCUCGCCCCUCUCAUUCGCUUCACCCCUCUCCGCCCGCCUCCCCUCUUGAGAAGCUCUUUAAUUUAUCCAAGGGCGCCGGUGCUGUGCCUCUCUCCCCUACCCUGAGUCCCUGUGGGUCCCGCCCAAAGACCCUCCUAGGCCUCGUCAAUCCCCGGGAGCCUGCCUCCGCCUCCUCCUCUUCAUUUUCCUCCUCUCCUCGCUCCUUUGCGGCUUCAAGCGUGCUUGGCAGUGAGGCUGGUAACACAGGGCUGGGGGGCAGUGCAGGGAGAAGCGGCAGUGCAAGGGCAGCAGCUGUGGCAGGGAGUGGUGCUGGUGGUGCGGGCGCUUCAGAGGGUGCUAGAGGCUCUGUGCUGAGACCAAGGCAAGAGAGCACGGGGCAGCAGCAGCAGCAGCAGCAGCAGCAGCAGCAGGUGGGGCAGGUGGAGCAGUCAGCAGAGGUGUACAGGCACGAGUGUGUGGGUCUGACGGACCUGGGCCCACUGGGGGGAGGAGGGCAGGACGAGAGGCAGUUCCACCUCGCGCUGCCCAACUUCAAGCAGAAUGGACCCCCCUUCCUCAGACGCGGCCCACACACCACCCACUCCUCUAGUGAUCCUGCCAUAGCAUCUGUUACUGUUUCUUCCUCCUCUUCGUCUUCUUCCUCCUCCUCCUCCUCCUCCUCCUCCUCCUCCUCCUCCUCCUCCUCCUCCUCCUCCUCCUCCUCCUCCUCCUCCUCCUCCUCCUCCUCCUCCUCCUCCUCCUCCUCCUCCUCCUCCUCCUUCUCCUCCUCUAACCCCCUAGGCAUGCCCUCCCCUUCCUCCGGCCCUCUGACCUUCUCUCCACGGCCCAUGCCAGCCGCCCUCCAGCCGCACCAUGAGAGUGCUGCUGAGAAGGCUGGGCCCAGAGGGGGGCAGCGCGAGCAGGAAGUGAGGCUUGGGGAGGGGGAGGGCACGGAGGGGAGUGACGAAGAGGGGGACGUGUCUGAGUGGUGGAUGCGAGCGCCCACUCUGGGACCUGGCAACUGGGGUAUAGGCGACGAUUCCGAUGCUGGCGCAGGAGAAAAGAGGGGCAGCAGUGGCAAGCUGGAGAAGUUAGCUGAGGAGAAGAGGGAAGAGGUGGACAAAAAUGGGGUGGGUGGAGAGGAGGAGGCGGAUGGGGGCGAAGAGGGGCAGGUGGGGAAGGUGCGUGAGCAGGAGAUGAAAAGAGAGGGGGGUAAGGGAGGUGGUGCAGGGGGCAAGGUGGAGGUAGAUGUGGAGCGCAUGAUGGGCAUGCUGCAGCAGCUGCAGACGCCUCUCGCGGAUGUGCGGGCAGCACUUGAGGGUGGGGGGCGAGGCGCAGAGGAGUUUGAGGCUGCUGCAAGGGCGCUGGAGGCGGACUUGAGACGGUUCCUGGAAGCGAGGAGGCACACGAAGGAUGAGGCAGGGGUUGAAGGGAAAGGAGUGGGGGGGACUAAGGGAAGCUCUGGCGCUGGGAUGGUGGAGGCUGAACGGGAGGGCGGAGGGGGAAGGGGAAGAGGAGGGGGAGGGGGUGAUGGGAUGGGGUUGGAGGGAGAGGCGGUGGUGGUGGAAUUGCCGGGGCAAGGUGAUUCGAGCAAGAGGGGAGGUGGCGAUACUUGUGCAGAAACAGCUAGGAAUGGCGGAGCGGAAGGAGGUGAAGGGGGAGAGGGUACGGAUGAGGGAGGAGGGGCGGAGAAGGAGAGUUCUGGAACUAUCACAGAUAAGUUAUGUGCUGCUGAGUCAAAACGCGAGGCACUUGUGAGAGGCAAGCAGGGAGGCAAGCAGGGGAGGCAGGGGAAGGAGGCGGGGCAGGGGGCGGAUGUAGCAUCCGGUGCACCCCCACCCCCAGGCGCAGGCUCAGGUGUGUCUCCAGCAGCGCUACAAGCGGCUCUCACGCGGGAGCUUCAUGCACAGACCAAAGGGGGGUCAGCCGCACCAGAGGUUAGCACAGCAGAUGCAGCAGUUCAGGCAGGGAGUGGCAGGGCGGGCGAAGGCAGAGGUGGGAAGAGUGGGGAAGCAGUGGAGGUGGGAGUGGUGGGGGGGAAGGUGGUACUGAGUGGCAAGAUCAGGGUGGGGCCAGAGAUUCAGUUCUCUGGCACGUGGUCGCCUCUGGGCCUGCCCCACUCCGCCUCGCAAUCCUCUGCAGCGGAAUCCGCCUCUCCAGGUGUGGAGGACGGUAGACCGGGCGCUCCUGCUGCAGCUGAGGGGGUUGCUGGGCUAUCGACUGCUGGGGGGGAUAGACAGCAGCAGCAGCAGCAGCGUCGGCGGCACAGAGAGAGGACGCUACGCAAGCAGGAUAGAAGUAAGUCAGGGGUGGUGGUGGGUGGGGGCGGGGGAAUGGAGCGCAGGGCAAGGGGCAGGGAGCAGGAGGAGGACUUGCAGGAGGAGAGCUUGAGCGAGGCCGAGGUGGAGAGGGAUAGGCGGCGGCGCAGCGGGCGCAUGGUGAGUAGUAUCAGCGUGGGGGGCAUGGGCAUGGGCAUGGGCAUGGGCAUGGGCAUGGGCGUUGGCAUGGGCAUUGGCAUGAGCAGGAGCCACGAGGGCACUGCAGGAAGCAGCACAGGGAGUGCGGGGAGCGGGCGUAGUAAGAGGAAGAAGGACCGAUCGGGAGCGGUUGAGGCCGGUGGGGUGGAGUGGGCGAAGGCGGAUGCCAGGGACAGUGGUGGAGAUGCGAGCAGGGAGGGUGCUAAGGACGCUGGUAGGGAUGGGUUGAAGGAGAGUGGCAGGCGUAAGAAGGGUGGUGGGAAGGGUGCAGAUGGUGGGUCUGGGAAAGGCAAGGGUGAGUUGGGGGAUGGACAUGGUGGUGUGAAGGCAGGGAGGCACGUGGGUGCAGAAGGGGAGGUAGCAAAUGUGAUGGGGGGGAAAGAGAGGAAAGAAGUGCGCGGUAGCAGGGACGGGCGGGAGAAGGAGGGGAAGGGAGGGAGUGAUGGAAAACAAUCAGAGAGUGUGUUAGGAGGGAGGAAGGCAGGGGGCAAGGCAGUGGAUGAGGGAGAGGAAGAUGAGGAGGACGUGUUUUAUGAUGCACGGGAGGUGGUGAGCUCGCCUGCCUCAGAGGACGACAGAGGCAGCGAGCGGUCUCUCAGGCACAUCAUAGCCAAGGCGGCAUCCCCUGGCACGCUUCCUAGUGGUGGUGGUGGUGGUGGUGCUGCUGCUGCUGCAGCAGUGGGGGUUGGGGUGGCGGAUGUGGAAGAAAGGGGGGCUGCGAAGCAAGGGAAGGAGGGGAAGAGUGUGUCAAGUGUUGCGAGGACGCGUUCGGGGGUUAAGGGAAGGCUUGGGAGUGGCGACAGCAGCAAGGGACGGAGGAAGGAGCAGAAGGGCGCAGAGGAGAAGGGAGCAAGGGACGAGCUGAAGAGAGGCGAUAGUGGCGUGGGGGCAGCAGGCGGAGGGGAGAGUGGGGCGGGAGAGAGUGACGCGAGGGGCGGUAGUGAAGCAAGUGGUGGUGGCCGCUUGGAGGGUGCAGGGAAGAGCGGGCAGCACGCAGGUAAGGGAGCAGGGAAGCGCAGUUCCGUGGAUAGCGCAAGCGGUGGGAGAAAAGACGAGAAGGAGGCAGAAGCAGGGCACGAGCAACGCAAGCACAAGGGGAAAGGGAGCAAGAAAGGAACAGAAGCGGUGUCGACAGGAAAGGCUAAGAAACCGGGCAGCUCCACUGUAUCGUCACCCGCUCCGUCCUCCACAUCUGGUGUCUCUAAAUCCCGCCCAGCCACUAGCAGUGGCAGCAGCAACCCGUCCUCACAGCCUUUGUCAUCAGGUGCGCAGGGCCCUCCCCUGGCAUCAGCAUCCAUCCGGCGCACUGUGUCUGACCUCACAGAGGAGAUCAGCGCCCUCAAGGCCGCCACUCUCCUCAUCACCACCCCUGCUGCUGCUGCCGCUGCUGCGGCUGCGGCUGGGGCAGCUGCCAGUGGCGCCUCUGAUUCAGGCACUGUGAGUAGCAGCGGGGAGAGCGAUGCAUUCAGUGGGGGUGUUGGAGCAGAAGGGCAGGGAGCACAGGGGGCACAGCUGUUGCAGCUGUUCACUCCAGCAUGCAGCACGGCAGCCGCUCGCAAGGCCCAGCGCACAGCCGCUGCCAUCUCUGCUCUGCGCGAGGCAGCAGCACGGGAAGGCCCUCUGCCUGCUCUCGUCUGUGCCCCACCCACAUUGCCCUGUGGGGACGCUCCAACGCGGGAGGAGGCAUGGAGACGGCUUGGCAGCAGCAGGUGGAAAGGGCAGGACGACGACUCAGGUCUAGGCACAGACAUCGCUGCUGCGGCUUUAGGUAGAGACGCAGCGAGUUUCCGGCUGUCAUCCCCCACUCCCCUGGUGUCCCGUGCUGUGCCAGGCUUUGUGGCGCUCGACUUGCCUCCCGCCGCGGGUCCCUUCUCGUCAGCACCGCACAGCGCCACGGCCAUCUGGCACAUGCUGCAGCUAAACGCCGCACCGCUGCUCUCAGGCCCGCCCACUGCACUCAUCUCGCAGUCCUGCUCGCUCUCCCCUCUACACUCGUCCGGGAUGGGCUUGGCCGGUGAGCCACGGUGGGGUUCGGGCACGCUGAGGAGCAGUGUGGAUGCGCUGCUGCAGCUGGGGCAGGAGGGGGGCGACCUGGAAUGGGCAACUGGCAGCACUGGUGCCACUGGGGGAGAUGGUGCUGCGGAAGGGACUGGUAGUGCCGCUGCUGCUGCUGCUGCUGCGGCUGCGGCUGCAGUUGCAGCGUCUCAGCUGAGCCCUUCAGUGCGCAGCCCCCAGGGGGGUUCGGGGGCGGGAGCGGGGUGGAGGCUGGCGGUGCCCAUUCACCAGCUGCCAGGGGACAAGGAGGAUUACGAGGAGGGGCAGGUGUGCCCUCUGUCGCGCUCCAACAGUGCCAAUGUGGAGGCGCUACUGUCUGAUGCUCACACUGCUGCUGCCACUGCUGCCGCUCUCUCUGCUGCUGCUGCCGGUUUGCUGGGUGACAUGGGGACCAAUGGAGGCUCGCCGCUUAAGCCGAGCAGGAAGGCUGGAGUGGGGGUGGAAGGCGAGAGGGGCAUGGAGGAGGGUAUGGAUGCAGGUGGUGGUGGGAGAAAGUCCAGGGCAGGGGUGAAAGGGAAGCGCAAGGAGAUGGCCAUAGCGGAGGAGGAGAGCGGGGCAGAGGAGGGCAUGCAGGGAGGCGCAGCGAGCAGCGACAGCAGUGUGGUGUUUGCGGCGCCUGCUGCGUCAGGCCCAGCAGGCAGCAGCAGCUCCAGCAGGCUGCGCCCCAUGAAGACGGCCCCUGCUGGCGCCCUGGCGUCGCUCGCUAGCUUCUUCUCCUCCAAGUCCAAACACACCCGCAGCGGCAGCACAGGCGAGGAAGGUGCCUCUGCUUCUGGCAGCGGUGGCGCUGGCAGCAGUGGCAGCAAUGGGAGCAGUGGGGUGGAACGAGAAGGUGGUGGGGCAGCAGGAAGAGGUGGGAGUGCGUGGGGUGCAGCAGAGGCUGCUGUUAGAGCCACGCACCCGCACGCACACCCACCUGCUGCCCAAGGCGCCACGCCUGUGCCUCUUGCUGCUGUACAUGCCCACUCUGCUCCUGAUGUCUCUUCUUCGUUUUCUACAAUGUCUCCUCCCGGCAAGGCCCCUCUCUCCCCACAGCAACUGCCUGCACCAGUAUUGGCUCCUGCAGGGGCAGCAGGGCUUGCUGCCAGCCUUGCUGCUGUCUCUGCCGCAGUAGGCGCAUCUGGGGGAGGCUCGUACGGGGGCAGGCAUGGUGUGGAAGGGCCACGUGCAGAAAACACUACCCCAGGCGCUCACGACCCCUCCAGCAUUGCUGCUGGGAGUCCCAGCAUCUCUCUCUCCCGCGGCCUCUCCCCUCUCUCCCGCCCUGCCUCCUACGCCUCUGCUGUGGCAAGCACGUCUGGUGCAACCACAGCAGCAGGUGCAGGGGCGGGUGGGGAUACAGGGUCGGGUUCUAGAGGUGUGGUAGCAGCAGCAGCAGCAGCAGCAGCAGCAGCAGCAGCAGCAGCAGCAGCAGCAGCAGCACAGCCAGCAGCGGGAUCGCAGCUCCCGGCAGCAACAGGGCUAAGCUCAGAUGCGACGGAGGAGGAGUGGCGAGACGCAGGCAGCGGCAGCAGCAGCAGCAGCCCUGUGCGGUCAGUGCGUUCAUGCCAGUCGACAGGGAGUGAUGUGCAGGUGCAGCAGAUUGUGCACCACCACCACCAUCACCACCACCACCACCACCACGGCUUCCACCCCUUCCGCCGCAAGAAGGGGCGCAAGCAUGCCGCGGUUGAGACCGUGGUGCAGAACACAACAGUGCAGGAGAUGGGGGGGGAGGGGAGCAUGGGGGCCAUGUCAGCAUCGCCAUCGAGCAGCAGCUUCAUGAGUGCGAGCAGCUUCAAGAGCCAGAGCAGUGUGGCGCAGCUCAUUCCCCACCAGCGCACCAACAGCAGUGGCGGCAGCAGCACACGCGGCGCCUCGCCUGGCAGCAGCCGGGCGAGCACUGCUGCCUCUACGGGUGGGGCUAAUGGUGCUGGUGGUGCGAGGGGCAGCACGGGCGGCAGCAGCAACGGUGGGGUGUCGUCGCGGUCUGCGUUUCAGGACACGGUGGGGGCAGCGCUGAGUGGUGGCGAGUCGGAGGCAGACAGUGACAUGGACGUUAUUGAUGAGCAGGUGGGUGCACGUGUAACCAGAGGUAUGGGCAGGAGCAGGUAG